GGGAGGGAGUAAUAUGAAAAAGAAAGAAGACCAUUAGACUGAGGUAGCGAGAAAGAGGACGUCACAUCCCCUUGACCCUCCAAUCACCUUGGGGUCCCAUUUGAUUGGAAGGCGGCAAAGGCUUUAAUCUCUGCACUAAUUCAGAGGCUUUGAAGUGAGUUUCUUUGGCAGUACUCUUCCUAGCAGUUCUACGGCGAGCACUGCUUGAGGAGUGGCUGCAGCGACCGCGCUGUAUUGAAAGGAUCUUGUGUGGUGUGGCCUAAUGCAGAUCUGGAUUGUAACGUGUUUCUCGGAGGGACAAAGAUUCGUUCGAUCUAGAUUCAGGAGCCAGUCAACGCAGGAAAAAACGCAAGGACAGGUAGUUGGAUCUUAAUAUAGGACCCGGAAUUCCUGGAUAGUGUAAUUGGCUGAAAUGUACACGACGCCUCUACUGGAUAUGUACAGCCUGCACUGUAGCUGAAAGUAGCCACUGUUGAGUACGAAUGUACAGUGCUCUAGCUCCAAGCAGGUAUUGCUGUAUUCGAUUACAUUGUGUUGAUGAUUCAGGCGGACACUCACCGAAUUUCUGACGCUGCUGAGCGCAAUCUAAAAGUCGGUCCGAUCUCAAGGGUCACUAUUUCCAUACGGUCGUAACGGGCACAUCUCCGUCAUUUCGCAUCAGUGGGCUCUCUCACCUCCCUGCUUCCAAAUGUCUGCCCGGGGGACAUGAUCAACUCGCAACUGGGUUCUGGAAGUCGAAUUAGCCACGUUAUUCUUGAGAGCAGAGACAGAAGUGACGGAAGAGCUUCAUUCUCUAGCAGAGCCUUUAUCCACACCGUGCCUCCUAGCAAUCCCCAGCGGCAGGCCAAAAGGCUCCCUAUUAAGGUGCUCAAAAUGCUAACAGCCAGGAGCGGACACAUCCUGCACCCCGAAUACCUUCAGCCUCUACCCUCCACCCCCGUUAGCCCUAUUGAGCUGGACGCCAAGAAGAGUCCCCUUGCACUCCUGGCGCAGACCUGCUCACAGAUCGGGAAGCCAGAUCCUGCACUCUCCAAGCUUUCGUCAGUUACGGGCGCCUCUGCAGGUGGCGAUAAGGAGUCCAAGUCCGCGUCCCUAAAACUUAGCGACAUAGGGGCAGAGGAUAAAUCCAGCUUUAAACCCUAUUCCAAGCCCCCAGAUAAGAAGGACCAGUCCGUAAAUGACAAGUCCGGAUUUCGUGUUCCUAGCGCCACCUGUCCACCCUUCACCCCUCGGACUGGCAGUCCUGGAUCACCUCGCACCCCACCUCCCCCCUCAGAGUCGAAGGUCUCCAUGGAAUGCAUAGACAAGAAAGAGGUGGAAAAGUGUGCCAAGAAUGCUGCCCUUGACGGCAGUGCGCAUGAACGGCUAAGCGCAGAGCUGUCUAUUCACAGCGAGGGUUCAAUAGGCUGUAAAAGCCUGUCCGCUGCACCAUCACCCGUACCAGCCUCCUCUUCAAGCUCUGUACUAGGCUCCGGGCUUGUGGCACCUGUGUCACCCUACAAACCAGGUCACACUGUCUUCCCACUGCCACCUGCAAGCAUGCCCUACCCGGCCACACUAGCUGGGGCUUAUGCUGGGUACCCUGCACAGUUCCUGCCUCAUGGGGUUUCUCUGGAUCCCUCCAAGGGGGGUUCCUUGGUGGGGGCUCAGCUAAGCACUUUGGGGUGCACAAGCAAGUCUGCAGCUUCUAGCCCUCUCACUGGGGCCUCCCCUCCCUCUGUGAUGACCGCUAGCCUAUGCAGGGACCCUUACUGUCUUAGUUACCACUGUGCCUCCCAAAUGGGCGCAGGCGCAACGUGUGCACACGACCUCAAAUCUGGAUACCCUUUGGUAUAUCCUAGUCACGCCCUCCACGGGGUACCCCCACCCUCCCUGACUGGCCACCCUUUGUAUGCUUAUGGUUUCAUGUUGCCCAAUGAUACCCUACCCCAUGUAUGUAACUGGGUAUCGGCCACAGGCCCUUGCGAUAAGCGCUUUUCCUCUUCUGAGGAGCUUCUAGGUCACUUGCGGACACAUACCGCUUUUUCAGGGGCCACGGACAAGUUGCUGCCGGGAUACCCCAGCUCAUCCUCUCUGGCAGCCGCUGCUAUGGCAUGUCACAUGCACAUACCUCCUACAGGAGCUUCCCCGAACCAACUUUCCAUGCGAAGCCCACACCACCACCCCUUGGGAAUCAGCAGCAGUCGCUACCAUCCAUACUCCAAAAGCCCUCUACCCUCAGGAGGUGCGCCAGUGCCAAUGCCAGCAGCCACGGGACACUACUACUCACCCUAUGCCCUGUACGGGCAAAGACUCACAACAGCCUCCGCUCUGGGAUACCAGUGACUGCCACAGGUGGGCCCCUUCCUAAGGAAUAAUUGAUUUAAAUAUAUCCGGGUUUUCCAAGGAACGAAGAAUGCGAUUUUGGUUCAUUUGGGGACUGGAUCGUAGGACAAUCUGUUUAUUUCUGUUAGCUCCAAGCAGGACGGCUUAUAAAGUGCAUUUCUGGAUAGGUAGAGUGAGGUAAAGUGAAGUCUCCAAAAAGAUAUAUAAAUAACAGGGAUAUACAGUGCAUUUUCUGUUUAUGUUAAGUCAAUUUUAACAACAAAUCUAGUUAGACUAUCGCUUUCAUCGGGAUUAAACCCUAGCAUUUUAAAUCCAGUACUAUGUUUGUUUCAAAAGCAGAUAGCUUUAUGUCGAAAUUCAAAUUUCAAGUAUUUUUAAUGCGAACAUAAUAAAAAUAUAUAAAAUGGUAUUUUUUUUUGUAUGUGUCUUAAAAGUAAAGGCAAGACAUACAGGAGAAAAUGCCAUUGUUUGCCUUAUUUUGAAACUUUAGAUACAAGCCUCAAAUAUUUUCUUUACCAAAUAGGGUGGCAUUUUGUUUUCUGUGUUAAAUUGUUUUGUUAAUAUUUUUCACGGGAUUUAACAUGCCGUUUGAAUUACGGAACACAAUUCUGUCCGUUUUAAUGAAAAGCAUUUUAUUUCCGUUAAGCUUAAUUCAAAAACACAUCCCUGCUUAUUUUCUGCUUAUGUUAAAUAUGUGAAUUAAAAAUAUUUAUACUAA